AUGAGCGGCCGUGUGAUAUCUAACACACUCUCUACACAAGGAGGGAAUGACCUAGCCGGUAUAUCUCUCGAAAGGGACGUUUAUGAGCUACUACGGUGGAGCUGGGUGCAAAAGAAACGCCCGAGACUUAUAGUGAGAGAGGGAAAAUUGAGUAUACGAGUACAAACAGAUGCACAGAAUACAAUAGUUUAUGAUUUAAAUCGAAUUGCGAGUGGUGAGAAGUAUGUUGUUUAUGAUGGGGGGUCUUUCGAGGGAAGAAUCAAAGAAAAGUACGAUGUGAAGGAGGGACGAAAUUCUCCUACCAAGGAGAGUGUUAAGGUUGAAAUCAACUACCCAAUAGACUCAGACAGCUACUCUGUGAUUUCUUCAGACUCAGAGGCUAAGAUUACAGAAAAGUUUUUAGCUUUGAAUGCAUUAGGUCCAUCCACGAGUGAGACGUUGGCUAAAAUUUUAAAGAUAGACGUGACAGCUUUAAUAUCUAAGUACUCUCAGCUAUAUGAUCCUAACGAUGCAUUUAUAGCGAAAGACGUAUUUCCAAAUAUUAGAACCAUGGCUACGAAUAGUGUGGCCGAUUUUUCAAAUCAUUACAUACUCAAGGAUAAAUCGUAUAAAGAAAUGAGGCCCUGGGACUGGUCAUAUCUGGAAAAAGAGAGAGAAUUGAUCAUCGGUAAUAUAAACAAUGCUCUUACUCGAUUGGGCUAUCUGGUAACUCAUCCAUUAAGAAAGAAAAUAUGUGAAAAAGACCACCAACCCUUGCUGGCAAGGAAGAGACCGCAAACACUAGGUGGAGGAUUUUUGACCAGCAAGAAAAACCCAUUCAAGAGAUCUCAAACCGAAUCACCAAACCUUGUUGAUACUCGCUUCGAUCCAUCACCUUCAAAGAGGAAAUUCUCUUUGAUAUCUUCAACGUCUUCAUCGUCCGAUGACGAGAAAAAGAACCAGUCAACAUCUCCGCCUUCUUCAGUUGAGGACGACGAAGAAAUAAAAGCAUCCAGGGAAACUGCAUCUUCGUCUUCUUCUAGAGCCAUUUCAAUGACGAUUCACGAAUCUCCUAUGCCAUCGUCCGUAUUUUCUGCAUCGGCUCGCUUACAACCGGAAACUACCCAAGCUUCUUCAACAACAGCUUUUAAGGCUGCCCCAAAGAGAACAGAUUACUAUGAUAAUCUUGCUGUAAAAUUUAGGCUGAGAUACAAAGAGUACGAGUCAUUGUAUACCUCGCUAAGAUCGCAUAAGAAGUCUGCAAAGAAGGACUUGGUUAAGCUCUAUGAGCUACAUAAUCUUCUCUUUGAGUGGAAGAAAAAACUCUGGGAGUUUGAUUCACGUACUAAAUCCAAGAACAAUAUCAUGAACUUGUCUAAGCAUAAGAAGACCGCAUCUCUUCCAAAUGCUGACGUGAGUCCAACCAAGAUUAGUACUGGAAAUCACGGUGCAACUGUUCAUAGCUCAUCAAAACGGAAGCCAAAAACUCUACUUAAUUACUAG